CCGACCGGUUCUCGUCCUUCACCUCUCUACUGGACUCCACACUUCUUCUUCCUCCACCAUCGCUCUCUCCGACUCUCUCUCCUCUCAACGUUGUUUGUAGCAACGUAUUAACCUCAAUCGCCCAUGUGAUUCGGUUUUGUUGAAUCCAUCGUUGAUGUUACGAAAUGUCGGAGGAGGUUCCAUCUUUGUUGGCUCUAUGUUUGAAGGCUAUAACAUCAGCAAUCAUACAUGGUGAAUUUUUUACGGACAUUUUUGAGUGUUAUGGAUAUGAUCAUUUGCAAGACAUACUAGAUCUUCCGUCGGAUUUGCUUGAUAGCGUGGUGAUAAACUUACCUCCAUUGGCCUUGCAAACACUUCACAACGUAUUGAUUGAUGAUUGUAUGGAGAAAUUCAGAACUCCUGGUGAAAUUCAUGGGAGAAAACGUGGAAGGUAUGACAACUUCAACAUUGCGUGGAAGAUACUGUUUAGAAAGCGGUGGCCAGAGGAUCUCAGGAAGAUUGAUCCAAGAAAAUACAUUACUACAGAUGACAGUGCAGGAAUACAUAACUCGGUGAAGGGUCCUCUAGAUUGGCAGCAGCUGUACUGGGAGAAGCACCUGCAAAAUUGCUUAGAUGAUGCUGCAGAGAGAGCCCUUCUUCCUUCUUUUUAUGGGCGCAUUGGUGAACUGAGAAUAUCCAAUAGCAUAAUUAAUGCAAUCAGCCAUGGUGAGAACAUGCUUGAUGAGUGUUUCAGAUUAUCGUAUCAUUGCGACAGAUUUGGAUGCUAUGCAAGAUGUCUGAGACUUCAAAAUGUGCUGUGUGCUGUAGAAAUAUGUGAGAUGUUGAGAUCUUGCAAGCUGCAAAAAUUAAUAUUCAUUAGAAUUAUCUCCAAAACUCAGGUUGAUGGAGUGUGUAUGCUUCUGAACCACCAUAGGAAAACAUUGCUGUCUCUUGAGUUUAUCCACUGUCAACUGUAUCCCACCGUUAUGAAUAAGAUUUGCAGUAGUUUGUGUGAGGAGGGAUCUCUUAUUCAUGGGAUCCAGAGCUUCUGUGUCAAAUCAUCACCCAUUUCUGAAAGCAAGUCAUCUUUAAUACCUACUUGUCUACUAUCUUUUCUGUCUUCAGGAAGGUUGUUGGAAUCAGUAUGUUUUUCUGAUACUAAGAUGCAGCCAAAAUUUGCAAAAAAGAUUCUCGAUACUCUCCUGAGCUCUUCAUCUGAUUUAGUGACUCUUGAGAUAUCAGAAAACAAUAUUUCAGGUUGGCUGUCUAAAAUUGAGAGACAAUCCAAAGAUUUCCGAUCACUACUUGGAUCAGAUGCUUCCUUGAAGUCUUUGACUGUUCUAAAUCUUAGGGGAAGCAAUUUGCAUAGCAAUGAUGCAGAAGAUCUUGGCCAUAUAUUGGUAAAAAUGCCUUGCUUAAAAAGUCUAGACAUAAGUGACAAUCCAAUAACAGAUGAAGGCAUCAGAUCCCUUAUUCCGUACUUUGUAAGGGCUCUUGGAAAAACAAACCUUCUUUCAAAUGUAAAAUUAGAAAAUUGCAAUCUAUCCAGCGGAGGAGUGAUUGAACUUCUAAGAAGCCUCCCAUCAUUGGAGGAGCCAUUGAACAUGCUAUCAAUUGCAGAUAAUCACCUUGGCAGUUCUGUAGCUGCAACAUUGGCAAAAUUUUUGGGUGCUUCUGGUUUAAGAGAACUCAAUAUUGAAGAUAUUGGACUGGGAGCAGUGGGUUUCAAAGAACUGGAGGAAAUAUUGCCCCAAGAAAUUGCUCUUUCAUUCAUCAACAUCAGCAAAAAUCGAGGUGGGAUUCAAACUGCAUACUUUUUGUCCAGGCUCAUUUCACAAGCUCCAAAUCUUGUGUCGAUCAAUGCAGGAGCUAACAUUAUGCCUCCUGAAUCAGUGGACAUUAUUUGUGACGCACUAAAGCUGUUGAAGGGUAAACUGGAGCAUUUGGACUUAUCAGAAAAUAGCCACUUAUGCCGGUCAAACAAUACUUCGGCACUGCUGGAAUUUUGUCACCAGGGAAAGCCCAUUGUGAUGAUUCCGUCACCACCACAAUCCGGCACACCCUACGAUGAUGAUCCAUAAAAUGAUAUCUCCUAUAUAUUCGUGAGUCUUAUGAAUGUUCGAAUGAGAUGCCUGCUAUGUUGUGGCAGAUAAUAUAAGAAGAGUAACUACUGACUGAAAGAGGGAAAAUGGUUCGGAUUCAUAAUACUUAUUAAAUGGGCUUCAUGGUAAUGCUUUGUAUAUGUUCUAUGUGGACAAGCAAUGAGAGAUACAGGUGAGCAACAGCCUAUCAUGUGAUGUAUUUCUUUAUUGGAUAUGUAUAUAGGGAUAUGCUGAUCCUAAUUUUGCUGAAGGAAUUAAAAUUUUCGGUUGUUACCUUCCGGUAGGAAGGUUUUGGAAAAGAGCAAAAAUUGCCAACUGUGUAGGAGGUGUCAUAUAGAAAAGACAUUCCGUUGCCAAUUAGUUUAAAACUAUGAAGGAAUCUUCUACCUUCAUUUCACCAGAU